CGUUGUUGGGUAUCGUCUUUCGCUUUAAUUCGCCACGAUGCAGACCACUCUCUUCCUGCUUGGCCUGGCUACCAGUGCCCUUGCCAAUGUCAUGGAGCGUCAAGCUACGUGCAAUGCGGACAAUUGUCUUCGAGGACUCCGUGGCACGGCCAACAUGGUGCCUCCCCUCAGCUCUCGUCUAGACGAUUGUUCGAGCUUCCAAUUGGCAACAGUUACUCCUGCUCCAACAACCAUCACAACAACUGUAGCUACAGAGACAAUCACCGUAACUGAAGCCGCCGUGACAGCUCGCGCGAUCCUGCCCCGUCAGGAGACCGUAUACCCGAGCUCCAUCCCCGCCUACGCAACCUAUUGCCCAGUGUCCAGCAGAUAUGCCUCCGCCUGCUCUUGUCUCGGCGUCACUGCGACCACAACAACAGUUGGGACUCCUACAGUCACCAUUUCUACCACUGCAACGGCAACUGUGACGUACACCCCGAAUCUAUACGCUUGCUCCCCAGCAGACAGCGCCUCGGCUUGUGGUGGCUCAUGCGAUGGAACUUGUUUCCCGGACGUUAAUGGAGUGGGAUAUUGCAAACAAAACAGACCCUGUGAGGGCUUGACGCCUUGUACUGCGGACAGUGAUUGUCCAAGUGAUAUCUGCUUGGUUAAUGGAUGUGGAACUGUUUGUGCUGAGACGCAAUAUUUGUGCCCCAACACUUCCAGCGCGAAGUUCUUGUUCAGGAAGAAGAGCGAGGGAAUGGAGGCUGGGAAGCGAGCAAUGGUUGCUACUGAGAAGGGCAUGAUGGAGAUGGAUGACAUCUAG